CUACUCGCUGGUAUUUACUGGUAUGACUUGAACGCUAACACGUAGCUUAUAGAAACGAUGACACACGGUGUCAGCUGAGGCUUCCAAUCGAGCCUCUAUAAAUCCGAGGUUCCUCUGUGGUCUCGCUUGAAGCCUCAGUGGGAACAUCACUGUUUGUGUGACCAGUAGGAGGAGGAUAAUGCAGUGGACUCCUGAAUCCAGUGUCUACCAUGGCAGCUGCAAAGGCCAACAGUAUUGUGAGAAUUCUGACAGUGGCUACUCAGGAUUCUUUCACAGUCCACAGAGCGUCAGUGGGCUGAACUCCUGCAGUGCCUUACUCGACUUCAGUGACACACCAAAAGAGUUUUUCAGACCCUCUGUCACACCGAAGGAGAAGAGCAGAGAGUUGGUCCAACUUUUGCACAAAGAUUCCAGCAGGGUAAAGCAACAUUCUACUCUGAGCUGGUGUGAAACUCCUAAAGUAUACAAGAGAGAUGUGCCAUUGCGACACAGACUCCCUAUGUGCAAUGCCAUCAAUGAUCAAUCAAAAAGGUCUCCGUGCGCUGCAAAGUCAUCCCCUGAUCGUUGGCUCGGUGUGUCCUUUGAAUCUUUGGACAUCGUGCCACAGGCUUCGAAUUCAAGCACAUUAAACUUGGAGCAGGACUCCUUAUCCGGUAGGAAACGUCGACUGCUCUUCUCUCAAGUGAGGACCUCGACUCUUGAGGAUGGCACCCACGGCUUGGGUACCCGCAACAGUUUGGAGAGAGAUAUUUCACUCUUGGAUGAUUUCAGGGACAGCAUUCGUGUCUCUGAUCAAGUAAAUGUAGAAGCGCCAUGCUUAAGCACCUCUUCCAAGGAAAACUCUCUACCAGUUGACAACCUGACAAGUAGCCUGUAUUACUCCUCUGAUGUCUUGUGCACACCAUCGUCCACACAGACUCCUAAAUAUAUCAGGUCUCUGUGUGAGGACAGCGGCUUCAGUUCCCUCACCCAUGAUGAAUCCCAAGACUCGUCUGUCAAUCACGAUGGCUCGUUCCAGGAAUUGCUGCUCUCUACCCGAAAAGGAAACUCCGGAACUCCAAAUCUGACAGAUGCAAAACGACGUUCCCGUUUGCAACGCCAACACAGGCUGUCCACUCUUAAGGAAGGAGGCUCGCAGUCCGAAGAAGACCCGUCUGACAGAAAGCAUCAACUAAAUCAAUGCCGCCGGAGCACAUCUAAAGAUGACGAUGUUUUUGUCAGUGCUACCCCUCGCAGGGUCCUCUCUCUUAAAUAUGUCAACACUUCCUCUGGUGGGUCGGUGUCUACUCGACACCGUUCUGCCACUCCGCUAAGAGAAACCACAGUUAAACUCCACAGCGAGCCACCUAUUAGUGCCAACUCUGUGAAUUCUGAUGCAACUCCUCUCAAGACAACUGUGGCCAAUCUGUCGUUGACACCUGCUUUGCAGAUGGUACAUAUUUUGUCUCAGCAGACAGCCCAGAUGUUUGCUGGCCAAAGUCCAAGUCUGAAAGAGCAGCUAAGGAUCGCAGCAACUCUGGCUCAGACCCCUGUGGUGUGCAAGACAACUAUGCCGUUAGCAGGAUUGAUUGGCCGCAAGAUGGGCUUGGGGAAGGUGGACAUAUUGACAGAGCUGUGGAAGAGGAACCUCAGGCACAUCCUGGCUGUCAUUCUCGGCCACCUGUCUUCAGAGGGUAUCAAUAGGUGUGCUCAUGUUUGCAAGGGAUGGGAUGAAAUAAUCCAGCAGGACAAGCAAGCUCGCUUUAGAACAGAGAGUCACAGACUUGAGAUUGGUGGCUUUGUACAUGUGGCUGACAUUGAGAACAGACUGACUCGAUCUAAAAGAUCAGCCCUACAGACCAUCCAGGCUCAGUCCACAACCUCCAGCUACUGCACCCCGCAGUCUGGAACUCGCACUUUACCUUUGGGUAGCGGCAGCAAAUGGGACAAGUUUGUAGAGGUUGCCAAAACCCUCUUUAAUGAUGAAUGCCUCAGACAUUGCCCUCGCUGUCAGCAUCCUGCCAAAUGUCAUCCGGUGAAAGGUGAAGGUGUUUGCACCAGAGAUGACUGUUCUUUCAAGUUUUGCACAGCCUGCUUGUGUGCUUUCCAUGGCUCCAAAGAAUGUGACCGCCAAUCUGUAGGACUUCACAAGAAGGACGUAUUACUUCCAGGAAGUGCCCAAAGAAAGCGAAGCAUUAGGAGACUAUGAGCAGACAAUGUAUUCCUCGCUGCUACUCAGAGGUUCUUUUAUAAACACAUGUUUUUACACUGAAUAGCGAAGGCUAGAUUAAACAAAGUUCUUUGUAGAUAGUGGAUGAGAGCCUCUUCUGUACCAAGCCCUGUCACCCGUGUGUGUGUGUGUGUGUUGUGUGCAAUUUUUUCCCCCACAU